AUUCACAACCAUUUUGUUAUUGUCAAAAUUAAUAAAAUUGAAGAAUGAUUUAAAUAUUGAAAUAAAGCUAUUUUUGCAGCAUCUAAUAUAAAAAAAAUUUCUAAAAACGAAUUAUUCAAGUGUUAGUGGAUAUAAAAGUGAAAAAUAUAAGUGUAUAAUUCAUUUUAAAUCGCAAAAAUACGUACUUUAAAUAGUUGAAAUUUUCAACUUUAAACGUAAAUAUCUCGAAAACUAUAAGUUCCCCGCGAUCUUGAUCUGGAGGAUCUCCUCUAUCCGCCCAUACCCAUUUUAUCCACAAAAGCGUGGGACGUUAUUCUAAAGCCGACCCUACAUUUACCUUAAUUCCUUUUCCGAUAUCAAAAUAUUCCAAUGUUAAAAGAAAAUACAAAGUUUUUAGAGACUAAUAAUAAGGAAUUGUAAUUUUUUCUGUAUAGUAUAUCUGACCUUAUCUCGAAUAUCCAGAGUAUCGAUAAUUCGAAAACGAUCACUGCAUGGAUCAAUAGUGCCCAACCGAAUUUAAAACAGUGGUGCCAUGUAUAAUAUGUAUAUUGUACAUAAAAUUGUCGUAAUUGUUUUAAUAUGACGUUUUUCAUGUUUUUAUCAUAAAAACACAUAAAAUCCAAUUGUGCCGUGCUGACUAAUAAACAAAACAUCAAUAAUUACGUGUAAAUGAAUGCUUGAGAGUAUAUUUUAACUUCGCAAUAUAUUACAUAUACACAAAGCGAUACCAUCUUCAAUUUGCAGCUUAACGUGUCUUUCCCGGCAACAGGAUGCCAAAAGUUAUUUGAAGUUGUGGAUGAACACAAGCUUCGUGUGUUUUAUGAGAAGCGUAUGGGACAAAUUGUAGAAGCUGACGUUCUCGGUGAUGAGUGGAAAGGAUAUCAUCUUCGUAUCGCCGGUGGUAACGAUAAACAGGGUUUCCCUAUGAAACAAGGAGUGCUUUCGCAUGGUCGUGUACGUCUGCUAUUGAAGAAAGGUCAUUCCUGUUACAGACCUCGCCGUACUGGUGAAAGAAAACGGAAAUCAGUCCGCGGUUGCAUUGUGGAUGCAAACAUGUCGGUUUUGGCUCUUGUCAUUGUUAAAAAAGGUGAACAAGAACUACCUGGAUUGACUGACACAACUGUUCCUCGACGACUUGGCCCAAAACGUGCCAGCAAAAUUCGGAAACUUUAUAAUUUAACCAAGGAUGAUGAUGUUCGUCGCUUUGUGGUUCGUCGCCCGUUGCCCGCUAAGGAUAAUAAAAAAGCUACAUCUAAAGCACCCAAGAUUCAGCGUUUGGUUACUCCAGUGGUGCUUCAAAGGAAGCGUAGACGCACUGCCCUGAAAAAGAAACGUCAAGCCGCUUCCAAAGAAGCUGCAGCUGAUUAUGCUAAAUUGCUAGCACAGCGUAAGAAGGAAUCUAAGGCUAAGCGCGACGAAGCCAAGAGACGUCGCUCUGCUUCCUUAAGAGAAUCAAAGAGCUCGAUUUCGAGUGACAAAAAGUAAAUAAUUUUUGCUGACUAUUCCGAAAUAAAGAUUCAACUAUAUUAAUUUACUGGAAAA